AUGGCGACCGACUUGCGGCGCUGGGACGCGCAGGCUGAGAACCUGGGCCUCCGCGCCGACCUUGCCGAUGCGCAGUUUGAGCUCGCCCAGCUGCGCCGCUGGAAGGACGACGCAGUCGCGCGCAUGGCGUCGUGGGCGCCGCGCCGGCGCAAGCUCGAGGAGGAGCUCGCCGCAACACGCGCGCUGCAAAAGCGGUUGCGCCUCGUCGAAGCCGAGCUCCAAGACCGGUCGUCGCUCAGCGCGCAGCUCGCCGACCUGCGCGAGCAGGACACCGACCUCAUGGCGAAGCUCCUCGUGCUCCUCCGCGAGAACGAGCACCUCAAGACGUCGCUGGCGGCCGAAGCCGAUGCCCACCGCCGCACGCGCAUGCAGCUCCAGCGCUUCGAAGACAAGCUCAGCGCGCACGUCGAGGGCCUCUUGGGCGUGCGUGAGGCCAUCGACACGGCGCCGCCCGCGGACGCAGCGCGUGACGCCGUCGCCGCCGCCGACGAGACGGCUUUGAUCGACCGGCUGUUUCUUUUGGCCGCCAAGAACGUCGCCUGGCUCGAAUCCCAUGCAGCACAAGUGCAGCGCGAGGUCGCGUCCGAGACGCAGCAGCAAGCCGUCGUCGCGGCUGAAAAGGAGACGCUCCUCACCGACGUGGCCCACCACGCGGCGCGGGCGAGCGACCUGGCGACGGCCCUUGCCGCAGCCGAGGCGACCGGCGAGGCGCUGCGGCGAGAGCUCGCCGUCAAGCACGAGACGGUGACGCUCACGCGAGCCCACGUCGUCCGCAGCGCCGCGACCGCCCUGGAGGGCAAGCAGCUGCUCGAGUCGCUUCUGCAGCACGUCCGGCAGUACCUGCACUUGCUGCAGGUCGAGGUCAAGCGCAAAUUCGGCUACGUGCCCGAGUCGGUCGCGGCGCCCGAGAUCUGGGCCCGCAUCUCGCACGACCUGCACGCGUUCGACGGCUUUCUCACUGCGUUCGUCCCUGCUGUCUAG